AUGUCGUCACCGUCGUCACCGUCGUCGUCGUCGUCCCCGACGCGAUCUUAUAGGGGGGACGCGGCCACUGCAGCGGCCGUCACGCGUAGUAACCGCCGCCGGUCGUUAACCGUGGCCGCUGGCGCCGCGUCGGCCGCGACGGCCAUGGAGUCGCCGACCAUCUCGUCGCCUCCGGCGUCCGCGGACGGUCCUCGGCGCCGCGGGUCGUCGGCCGCCGGGGGCACCGUCUUCAAGUUCGGUGCGCUGGGCAUCAGUGGCUCGGCGUCCGUGUCGGCCAUGUGCGACGCCGCCAACGGGCCAGCGUCCGCGUCCGCCGUGGUCGGGGGCAGCGGUUCGGCCGGCGCGCAGGCCGGCAAGCUGCCCAGGACUUUGAGCACAAGCGUGUUGCGCAUCAAGCACCGGUCGUCAUUCUGGGACAAGUUUUGGGAACAGCGGUCCAAGAGAGACUUGUAA